GCGGCGCACACAGAGGCAGGAAACGUGUUCUGAGAAUGUUCACUCACUUUUUACUGUAGCUCCGUUUCUCUGCGCUGAACAACUUUCCCAGCCGGAUACCACACGGUGCAGUAAGCGCCAUGAGCUGCUUUGGGACAGUUAUUAUUAUGAGAGUAAGUGUAGAGAACGAUGUCUGCCCGGGUGACAGAGGAGGUCAUGAGGAGGGUCCUGCUCCUCUGCAGCCGCAGGUCUCAGUGGACGCAGCGUAGUGUCCUGGCGACAGCAUCAAGCAGAGACACGUCUUUCCCCAGUCAGGUAGCGCACGUUUGGGGCGCAGGGAAAAGCCAAACACUCGCGGCUGGGAGUCUUGUCAGAUCAGUGAGGUUUUACUCACGGGGUAGUUUUCACAGUGAGGAUUUGGAAGAGAAGGAGCUUCUCUCCUCUCUACCGGAAGAUUCAUCACUGCCUGCUGAAACUACCUCAGGGCAGAGGAGGUCCCCUUUCCUGGACAAGCUGUGGCGCUGUGGCUCCCCAUCAGACGUGUUAGACCUCACCUGUCAGUACUCACCCACAGUUCGACAGGUCAGCAACUGCCUGACCCACAUGUGGGGCACUUCUAAGAAGAUGUCAGAUGAGCAGCGGCGCUGCGAGCUGCAGCUGAUGUUUGACCAUCCUGCAUUUGACACGCUACUGCAAAAGAUCAUGAAGGACGCGACGCACAUGCACACUAAGGAUUUGAGUUACACUCUCCUGAGCUUGUUCAAUCUGGGUGUGCCUCAACGUAGCCGUGUGGUCCAGACUUUACUCCGAGCCUGCCAGGAGAGACUGAAUGACUUUGAUGAGAAGAGCUUGUCCGUCUUGGCCUCCUGUCUGGAACACAUGGAGAACAGCCCUAAUGUUGGUGCACUGAAGGAGGGCAUGAGGCUGGUAGUUGAGGCCCGUCUUCCUGGGAUCCAGAAAGUUAUAGCUCUCCAGACCAUGAUGCGCAUGCUGGGGAAGGAUGUCCCGCUGAACCUCAAAAAGAAACUAGAGAAAAAGGCUCUAUCAAUGACGGACCAGUUCACCCUUCCCAACACCCAGUACAUGAUCUCCACUAUGGCCACAAUGGGCUUCUACUCCAGACCACUGCUGGAUAUCUGCAGUAAGAAGAUCACAGAGAACCUCCAUGGAAUCCCCUUCAACCGACUGUUUGCAGUGCUGCAGGCAUGUAGGGAGCUGCACUACAGAGACAUAGAUAUGCUCACUGCAAUUUCAGAAUAUGUCAGCUCCAUGCUCGACAUAUGGCCCAACAAACAGGUGCUCUUCUUCCUGUCUCUGUUUGAGAGCCUCGUCUUCUGUCCCUCAGCCUUAAUGGAGGCAUACGCUGAGAAGGUGAUCGCCAGCCCAGACACCCUGACGCUCAGAGACCUGCUCUGUGUCCUGAGGGUGUACUCCUCUCUUAACUACGAUCUGCGAGACCGCAGACAACAGUUCCUGGAUAGUCUCACCCAGGUUCUGGACUCCUAUCUGCCCAAGAUGUCUGGAUUUUUGCUUUUAAAGUCUGUCUUCUAUCUGUGUCAACUGGGCCACUUCCCCUCUGCACCACUGGAGCAGCUCCUGCAGAGCAGUGUGAUGGAGCAGUUUGACAGUACACCGUCACAGUUUCCCCAGAAGCAGGCGAGAAUGUUUCAAACAGUGGACUUGUGCCUCCGUCUUGACCGUCCUCCUCUCCCUCGUCCCAUGUCUGUCCCCCCAUCUGUCCUGGGACAUUACACCCCCUUCAGUUCGCCAGUCAACCAGUGGCUCUCACAGGGCCUGCGGAGUGUGUUGGGGGACCAAGCAGACACGAUGCUACAGGAAAUGGUGUUGGUGGAGAACUUCUACCUCAUAGAUGGUGUGAUAACCAAGCCUCUGCCAAACCACACCUCUGUGACUGAAGUGAGUAGCUGUGAAGGAGAAGGGUUGUCUCCAGCAGAGGGCAGUCAAAGAGUUGCAGUAAUUUGCACACCACUCUCUGGUUUUUGCUACGGGACAUCCAAUCCCCGGGGUCCCUUAGCAGUCAAGAUUCGCCAUCUGAGAAUCUUGGGGUACAACCCUGUCCUGGUAACGGGGCAGGAGCUGCAGUCUCUCUCUGAGGAACAGAGGACAGAGUUCCUCAGGGGACAGAUUUUUCCAGAACACCACAGAUCAGACGCACAACCUAAAAUGGAGGAACUACAAUCCUGAAGACAGGCGUCAGUGUUUAGUGGAUGCAGUCAUCAUUUCAUUGGUUUAUAAACAAUUAAGAAAAAAAUUAAAUUUAUUGCAGUAUAUAAGAUGAAUGUGGUCCUUCUGUGAAAAUCCAGCUUGUUUGUUUUUUGUGAUUGCAGUGAUCCUCUGAAAAUUAUUUUUUAUGUGAGGUUGUACUUUUUAUUACCAGCUGCAACUUUUUUGAAGCCUGUACAUAUAAUGUGGAAAUAGGACAGUUUAUAUACAACGAGCACAGCACAAACGGCUUGAACGUAAACGGAGAUAAACUGAAUCGAGUGCUGAUGUAAGACCUAAAAGGCUGCACUCUGGUGAAGAACUCUGGUGAAGGCAAACAACUGAUAUUUAUAGGAGCCAAUAAAACGCAUGUGGGAGCCGC